AUGAAUUAAGGAGACAAACCCAUGUUACAGAAGUAGCAAUAAGAAAUCAUGGAAAUAUUCAAUGAAUUCAAAUCGCCAGAAACCAACCUAUUGAAUGUGAGCGAAUUCUUAGAAAUUCUAUAAACCACAGGACUCGAUAGGAAUUGUGAAUUGCUUGUAAAGAAACUAGAAAAUCUAAGAGGGAAUUAGCUCGACCUAAAUCAAUUUACAGAAUAAUUUAAUUUCAACUACAAUCUCUAUGAAAAUUUCGAAAUGAUUUUCUAAAUCAUGGACACCACCAAUUCUGGAAAGAUAAGCAAAGAUGAAUUAAAGAAGCAAAGUGAAUUUUGGGGAUUGCAAUUAUCUGAGAGAGAUAUAGAAAUAAUGAUCACUUAUAGUGGCAGUGAUGAAUAAGACUCAGUAUCUAAGGAAAAAUUAUGGAGUUUGUUGUAACAAUAUUAAAACAAUAAAAUGCUAUAAUGA